AUGAGGGCUCUCAUCUUCUGCUCUGGCUUUUUGCUGGGAACCUUCAUAAUGUGCAUUUUCCUGCAGCUGAAGAGGUUGACUUCAUCUUCAUCCAGCCUCCAUGAUCAUCAGGAACAGCUCAAGGAAAAAAUAAAAUUAUGGAUAAAGGAAAGAUCUGUCCUCUCCAACCUGACACAUCAUACAGGAGAGGACAGUCGCAUGGCUGAUGAGCUGUACAAAAAGGUUCGUGUUCUGUGCUGGGUGAUGACCUCACCAAAAAACUUGGAGAAGAAGACCCGCCAUGUGAAGUCUACUUGGAGUCGUCACUGUAACAAUGUGAUUUUCAUGAGUUCAGAGAACAACACAGACUUCCCCACAGUGGGCUUAGGCACAAAGGAGGGGCGUGAUCAGCUGUACUGGAAAACAAUAAAGGCGUUCCAUUAUGUCUACGAGCAUCACUUCGACGAGGCUGAUUGGUUCCUCAAAGCAGAUGACGACUCUUAUGUCAUCGUAGACAACCUGCGAUUACUUCUUGCCAACCACACACCAGAGGAGCCAAUUUACUUCGGCCGAAGAUUCAAGACGUUUGUAAAGCAGGGCUACAUGAGUGGUGGGGCAGGAUAUGUGCUGAGCAAAGAGGCUCUGCGGAGAUUUGUGGAGGGAUUUAAAAACAAAGUGUGCACUCACACUUCCUUUAUAGAGGAUCUUGAACUGGGGCGGUGCAUGGAGAAAGUCGGGGUGUUGGCAGGGGACUCCAGGGACAGCUUGCACAGGGAGACAUUCCACCCAUUAAACCCUGAGGACCACCUCACACAAAGUCUCCCGAAGAGCUCCUGGUAUUGGGGCUACUGCUAUUAUCCCAUCACAGUGGGUCCAAACUGCUGCUCAGACCUGACGGUGUCUUUCCACUAUGUAGAGGCUUCACAAAUGUAUAUAUUGGAGUACUACACCUAUCACCUGCGUGCCUUUGGAUACAGCUACCGUUACAAGCCCCCUGCUCCACUUGGCUACAAUAUUGAGAAGACAAGUUCCAUAGAGGCUGCUGGAGGAAAAAAAUAGGCUAGCUUCUCAGGAGAAAGGACAAGGAAAGGGAGGCAGGGCAAAUGAGUCCAGGACUGACAAAAGACAGAAGCAGAUUCCUCUCAGGCGGCUGCUAAAGACCCUCCUGCUGC